AUGCUCAACAAGGAGGGGAAGCUGGCGUUUGUGGUGUGCCGCGUCACGACCUACCCUGCGGGCAGCUACGCUCUGCCGAUUGCUGUCCAGUCGCGGUUUGAGGAGAUCACGCUCACGCAGGCGCAGCAGUUCCGAGGUUACGCUUUCGCCUUGGACAGCGUCACCAGCCGCGAGGGCCGCAUUGCGCUGGCAUUCACAGAGACGAUGGACGCGCUGAGGUUCUGCCACUCUGCCCAGACCCUCUACAUGUUCUCCUCCUGGCCGCCAGAGGCCCACGAGUACUUUGGCCUCAGCGUGCCCAGCGCGGACGGCACCUGGGUGUUCCAGGGCCCGCGCGUCGCCAUGGCCAUCCACGACGACGCCUCCUUCCACGCUGCACAGCUGAACUCGCUCAAGGGGAUCCUCAGCCCGCAGGACAGCGUGCGCAUCGGCGGCGCCGCGGUGGACUUCACGGCCAAGCUCGCGUCCAUCGCGCGCGGCGGGCAGGUCAUGCUCAGCCAGGCGGCCUGGGAGUCUGUGAAACCCAUCAUCACGCAGCACCCUGGGGCCGCCCAGGUCAUCAGCCUGGGCACGCACGUCAUCAGCGACGAGUACCCCAACCCCUGCCUGCUCAUGGAGGUGAUGCCCAACACCCUUUCGCGCCGCGUGUUCAAGAAGCCUAUCACCUGCAAAAUGCUGGAGCUGGGGUACAGGGACGCGCCAGACCUGGGGGCGCCGAUGGCCAUCGUGUUCUGCAAGGUGCACAAGCCCGAGGAUGUCACCGCGGCCGAGAAGCCGGAGGGGCACCAGGACCCGCAGCUGAUAGGGCUUUACCAGUCAUGCGUCCCAAUCUACACCAGCCUGGCGCGCCGCCUGCUGAUAGAGUACGAGGGCUACGAGUGCAAGGAGCCGGAGCCCGGGAAGUUCACGCUCGCAUUCAAGGUGGCGGGCGACGCCUCGCAGGGAUGGCUGUUCGUGCGGACGAUGCCGGCGGCGGCUCCAGACCCUGCGCCUGCGAAUGCGCGCGCAGCCGGGCGGGGGAAGCCGCUGCUGGCCUGUGGCGUGAGGCGGCUGGACAACGCCAUCCAGUGGGCGUGCCGCCUGCAGAUCGAGCUCGUUCACGCCAGGUGGCCCACCGAGCUGCUGGGCAUGCGGGACUGCGCCCCCAUCAGCGGGACCUACGGGGAGCCCGUGUUCCGCGGCCUGCGCGUCAGAAUCGGCAUCGCCUGGGGCUGCGCAGUGGCCCCGCGCCCGCUGAUGAUCUGA